CCCGUCUUCCUCGUUGUUUUCGCUCACCAAUCAUUUUGGGCAUUUGACUACUUUCAUCAAUCUACGUCGGAAAUUUUCAGAUAGGAGCCAGGUCCAUGCUGUGAUGUUCUUGUACGUUCUAAACGUAUAUAAUUCUACAGUCUGCUCUAUGUAAUACAUUGCUCACCUCAACUCUCCAUAAGCAAGCAGAAAACAAGGACAGAUACGGUUCCAUAUCAUCUUCUAUUACCUUUUAUUACAGACACCAUGCGUGCUGCAGCCAUCCUCUCUAUGGCCCCCUUGGCUCUUGGCCGCGGUAUAACAGCAGAAGGCCGGAGUUUCGGCACCAGGACCGGCGUGUGUGGCGAUACUACUUGGACUGAUGGGGUCACUACGGGCUCAGCUUUUACCAACUCCUGUGUGACUCUACUCAAUGACAUGAAAGCCGCGAGUCCGGAAAUGGGAUACGUUCUUACGGGGUGGAAGAAAGGGCAAAAGGACUAUCUCUGGAUUGGUGUAGAGGGUGAUUGCGUUUUCGAGGUUAAACCGCUGGACUUCCAUGAUGGCCAGAUCACGCCAAUAGCCUUUGCCGAUGUGGCAAAUAUUAUGGAGGAUGCCCUUAAGAUUUUUACAGUUUCUGGUGAUGAUUGUUUCGGGGCUUCCGGAGUUAUUGAUGGAUUGUAACGAUGGAGAGCACUCUGGGAAGGUUGGUUGGAGGAUCAAUGGUGCAUUUAAGCAGGAUACUGGAACUGGUUGCAGGAGGGUCCCCGACUCCAUAUAAUUCAAUCGGUUUAUCUAGAAUUACCCUUUCGCCAUCAACAAUAGACAGCUCCUCAUUAUUUUAU